UAUUUGACAUCAGCAACACUUCACUCACAUGUGCUCCAAGACACCCUCUGUAUAAUUGGGCUACACCGGAAUACUAUGAUCUACCGUCAUUCCAAUGAUAGGCCAAACAUCCAUCUCUGUGUGCAGAGGAUGAAGUAUUCUAUCACUUCUCACCUUGAUCUUGCAUUCCUUGUGCCGCUGAAUCCUGAGAUUGACAACUCAGACUGGGUCAGACAAAAUAUUCUGCAAUUCCUCAUCUACUGUAACUCACGAGUGGAUGCUGAAAGUACGGCACUCUUCUUACAAAGCCACAUACCAGUGCAUGCUUGUCAUCGGAUUGUCUGGUAUCAUUCAGGGAUGUCAGAUGCAUUUAAAAAGGAGACGAUUGAGGAAUAUGAGAGGGGGGGAAUAUUAGGCCUCUGCUGUACAGACGCCUGUGGGAUGGGUCUUGAUUUACGUCAUGUCAGAAUUGUUGUCCAGUACCGACUCCCGAAGAAAAUUGAU